GACUUGUUACAGCCAAUCACGACCGCUUGUAUGUUAUGAGUGGAGCUGUGUGGGCAACGCCUGAACAUCCAACUCGAUCGGACGACGAAGUUAGAAUUCCGUCGAGUAAGACAUUAUACAACAGAGAUGCGGAAAGAGAUAAACUCCCCGGGUUUAGUCAACAGCUAAAUUUCCAGAAAGGAAUACAGAAGCCUAUUGCUCCUGCAAUCUCCUCCAUUUUACCAGCAGGACAAUUAAACGCUGGAGUUGGUAAAACACUACGAUUACAAAGUUCUAAUUAUUCAGUGGAAAGUUCAUCAUUAACUGGUAAUACAUUAGCCAUUCAAGCUGUAAAUACUAAUGUUGUAACCACAAUUACUCCUCCUGCUGCUCAUACUAAUGUUAAUUUAGUAUCUCCGGGAACAACAAUAGCCCAUAAUUUAUCGGUUCCAAUGGCUUCUAUUAUCCGACAACCAACAAUUGCAACGCCUCCUGCAGCUCAUCAGGGAGCGACCUAUGUUCCUCAUGCGCAAAGUAGACUUCCCCUUUCAGGAAAUACAUCACAAAAAACACUUCGACAACAAACUGCUAUAGUUCCAACUGUAACUAAACUACCGGGUCAGUCAGUAACUAUUGCAGCUGGAAAUGCCUUACACGGGGGGGGAACAACGGCCACUACUUCAACUAAUAAUAGUAUAGGAACUACCAACGUGCAUAUAUCUAUACAACAACCAACCAACUUGAAGACGUCGUCCAUCCAGAGAUUUCCUGCAACAGUGACGACGAUAAAUGCACCAUCCGUUAUUAAUAAAAUUUCUGUAUCAUCUCAUCACAUCAUAAAAAAAGGAGUUAUUUCAACAAAUCCAGUCGGUACGAGUAUAACAAUUACACCCCCUUCACACCACUCUCAAAUGUCAAAUCCCAACCAAUCUACCAUUUCAACAAUUAAUAAGAAUGUUAAAGGCUUUUCAGCCAUACAAGUUGGCGUUGCUCAAAAUAAUCCAACAGCGAUAACAACUAACGCAUCUCAGGCAAAAGCAAUCGCUAAGAUCACACCCAAUAGGCAUUCUAAUAAUGAACAUCAAACAAAUUUACAACCUGGGUUGACCCAAAUAAGAUUGUCAGGAGAUUCUAAACUUGAUGGACAUCCGAUAACCUAUUCCACGAGCUUUCAAAAUGUAGUUACUUUACCGAACGCUCGCAGUUUUGUAACAACGAACCAACAAUUGACUCAUCAUCCAAAUACACUGCAGUCUUCACCGAAACCUAGUAUACUUACACGUAAAAGACCAGCACACGAUAGUCCAUCUAUGCAAUCGGCCAAAAAGAACCUCCUUUCUUCCAAUUUAUCAACUACUCAUUCGGAAGCAAAUAAUAAUUUAGAGUCGAGGGUCGUCAGCUGCUCGCCCAAAAUGCAAACCGCUUCCGCGGCUUAUCUAGAUCCGAAUCGAGAAAACAGUCAAUCGUCUACUGAUACAGCUACAUCAAAUGAAAGUACGCCAAGUCAAAUUGACUUGCAACGAUUAAAAAGGGAGGCAGAUGACGGUAAUAAUUCACCUACGUCAGAGUUAUCACCUCGAAAGAGAUCAAGAAAGCAGAUAUUGUUUAAUAUUCUUAGCAAUAGGGGAGAAAUACCUGACCAGUUAUCAACAGACGAAGAGUACGAUACAAUCAAUGUGAUAAAAUUUAAUUUACGGAUUGAAUUAGAAAAGAUAAAUGCACAAAGAUUGGAGCAGCAUCGACUGCAUUUAGAACGACGGAAAGAAGAAAAUUCAGCAGAAGAUAUGGAAUUGAAAGCUAAUUUGAUAGAAAUCGAUGCUGUUUUGGCAAAUGCUUACGUAGACGACAAAGUAACAGAAACCUUUGUUAAACAAGUUAAGGCUUCACUAGAGAAAGAGAGUGAAUUUGUUGAUAAAGAUGGAUAUCGGUGGACAACGGACAAAGAACGUUCAACUGUAAAUUUGAUGAACUUUUGCCAGUAUGAAUCAAAGGGCAGAACAAAUCAUUUUAUGCGACGAAGUGAUGUCAAACCAAAAGAUGAGAGACGACCUACAGUAAAUGAAUUGGCCAGUGCUAAAACUACCAAUGUUCGAGCAACUGGUUGGAGAUUUUAUCAUAUUGCUUCACAGUUUGAAGAUAUGUCUGAUUGUGAAAAUGAUCUUAUCCCACGCCUUGCUUUACUGGAUAAAAAAUUGCUAACGAUGCAUAACACGGAGAGAAGUAGUGAAGAAGAUACGGCUGUGUUAGCUGAUAUUGUAAAAGGAAAUAUGCAGCGGAUACGUUUAAUUGUUGACCAAAUGAAAGACACUAAAAGUGCUUUGUUAAAAAUACGUGAUCAACACCAUAACAAAGUUCGUGAACUAAUUGAUAAGAAUCAUAGUAAAAGGCCAGUAAAGAAGAAAGAUCGGUGA